AGAUUUGUGUAUUAUGCAAGAAGAUGAAGUUUGGAGAGACGUUUACGGAAUAUCUACAUGGAGAAGAGGAGUGGUUCCUAGAAAAAUGUCGUCAUGUAGAAUAUAAGAAACUCAAGAAAGUGUUGAAGAAAUGCAAGACAUGUAACUCCACAAGAUCUAAUGAUGAACACAUCGUCUCAUCGGCUACUUCUUUGUCUGAUUCAUGCCAAUGCCAAUCUUGCUCCUGGUGUGAUGAGAUGUUCUUUGCGGAGCUGAUGAAGGAAGUUUCUGACAUAGCGGGAUGCUUCAGGUCAAGAGUGAGGCAUCUUCUCCAUCUUCAUGUAGCCACUGGGAUGCAGAGAUACAUGAUGAGUCUACGCAGAUGCUUCACGGAUGAAAAACAAGCUUUACUCCAAGAGGGCCAAUUCUUGAUUCAGUACAUCACCAUGAAUGCGAUUGCCAUCCGUAAAAUCCUCAAGAAAUAUGACAAGGUGCAUAGCUCGGUGAAUGGUAAGAAAUUCAAGUUGAAAAUGCGAGCGGAGCGCAUAGAGCUUUUGCACUCACCUUGGCUCAUAGAACUUGGAGCCUUUUAUAUCAAUACUGGACUUGACAAAGUUGGAAACUUCAAGAACUCGUUUGGCCGCGUCUCCUGUGAUUAUCUCAUCAACGACGAUCAACCUAUGAUGCAACUCAUGCUGCCUAAUUCAAUAGAGCUCGAGUUUGAUCUAACUUGCGCAAUCUGCCUCGAAACGGUAUUCAAUCCCUACGCUUUAAAGUGCGGUCACAUAUUUUGUAAAGCAUGUGCAUGCUCGGCUGCUUCUGUAAUGAUCUUCCAAGGCAUUAAAGCAGCACCAAAAAAUUCCAAAUGUCCCAUCUGCAGAGAGGUUGGAGUUUACGCAGAAGCGGUUCACAUGAUCGAGCUGCAUCUUCUCUUAAAGAUAAGAAGCAAAGAGUAUUGGAAGGAGAGGAUGAUGGGUGAACGGUCUGAGAUGGUGAAGCAGUCUAAGAUUGCUGCUGUGUGGCGUAAUCAGAAACCAGACGAUAGCCUUAAGAGCAGCAAAGACGAGAGCAGUCGAAAGAAGAACGAUAAGAGCGUUAAUGGCGACGAUAGUAACCCUCACGUUUCCUCCACCGUGGAUCCAGCACAACCCACGUUGCCAACACCAAGCACGCCACCACCUCAGGUGAAAAUGGCGAACGAAGAACCACCACCAAAACCUAUCCCAGAGAACAAAACCGUCGAAGAAGAUGCGAAUUCAAAGCCACAGAAGAAAGAAGCGCACAUGAAACGUAUGGCAAGCGCAGGUCAAGGACAAUUUGGAACAACGUUUCUUUGCGUAGAUAAGAAGACAGGUAAAGAGUUUGCUUGCAAAACGAUAGCUAAGAGGAAAUUAACAACACCUGAGGAUGUUGAAGAUGUUAGAAGAGAGAUUCAGAUAAUGCAUCAUUUGUCUGGUCAUCCAAACGUGAUUCAAAUCGUUGGUGCGUAUGAAGAUGCAGUAGCUGUUCAUGUUGUGAUGGAGAUUUGUGCAGGUGGAGAGUUAUUUGAUAGGAUUAUACAGAGAGGUCAUUAUACUGAGAAAAAAGCUGCUGAACUUGCUAGAAUCAUUGUUGGUGUUAUUGAAGCUUGUCAUUCUCUUGGUGUGAUGCACCGUGAUCUUAAGCCUGAGAAUUUCUUAUUUGUUAGUGGAGAUGAAGAAGCUGCUCUCAAGACUAUUGAUUUUGGUCUCUCUGUCUUCUUUAAACCAGGAGAAACAUUCACUGAUGUUGUUGGGAGUCCUUAUUAUGUGGCACCAGAAGUUUUAAGGAAACAUUAUAGUCAUGAAUGUGAUGUUUGGAGUGCUGGAGUUAUUAUAUACAUUUUACUAAGUGGUGUUCCUCCGUUUUGGGAUGAAACGGAACAGGGGAUCUUUGAGCAGGUUUUGAAAGGUGAUCUUGAUUUUAUAUCAGAACCAUGGCCUAGUGUAUCAGAAAGUGCUAAAGAUUUGGUCCGUCGGAUGCUAAUCAGAGACCCUAAGAAGCGAAUGACUACUCAUGAAGUUCUCUGUCAUCCUUGGGCCAGAGUAGAUGGUGUUGCUCUUGAUAAACCUCUUGAUUCUGCUGUCCUUAGUCGUUUGCAACAGUUUUCAGCCAUGAACAAGCUCAAGAAAAUUGCUAUCAAGGUAAUAGCAGAAAGCUUGUCAGAGGAAGAGAUAGCAGGAUUGAAGGAAAUGUUCAAGAUGAUAGAUACAGACAAUAGUGGACACAUCACUCUGGAAGAACUCAAGAAAGGUUUAGACAGAGUUGGUGCUGACCUUAAAGAUUCAGAAAUAUUAGGAUUAAUGCAAGCAGCGGAUAUAGAUAACAGUGGGACUAUAGACUAUGGAGAGUUUAUAGCAGCGAUGGUGCAUUUGAACAAAAUAGAGAAAGAAGACCAUUUGUUCACAGCAUUCUCUUAUUUUGACCAAGAUGGAAGUGGUUAUAUAACCAGAGACGAGCUCCAACAAGCUUGCAAGCAAUUUGGCUUAGCGGAUGUUCAUUUGGACGACAUUUUACGCGAAGUCGAUAAGGACAACGAUGGAAGAAUAGAUUACAGCGAGUUCGUGGAUAUGAUGCAAGACACUGAAACUUUCUUGGAAAUUAUUCUGGCGAUUCUUCUACCUCCCGUCGGCGUUUUCCUCCGAUAUGGUUGUGGGGUAGAGUUCUGGAUCUGUCUGUUGUUGACGAUACUGGGUUACAUUCCUGGGAUCAUCUAUGCUAUCUACGUUCUUGUUGGAUGAUGACCAAAUUCUCUUCUUGUAAAUUUUUCAUAAUCUUUAUUUAGCCUUUGUUGUUUUCUCAUCACUCUUGUAAUAAACAACUCUUGCCUUU